CCCAGCGCCUGAGAGCUCUGUGAGUGAACUUUCACCAUCAGACGGAAUGUUUUCAGCGACUACAUGUUUAAUUAAUAAACUGUGCUCGAAUAUAAACCUUAAUAGUGCUGUAAAUUUAAGAUUUUAGUUUCAGUAGUGCCGUGUUCUCGUUAAUUAGCUAGCGCUAGUUAGCUGGCUGUUCUAGCCUGUUAGCUCAGCCCUGACGGGGCAUUUAAGGCCUUUAACCUGCCUCCCUGUAUCAGCCCGUUUAUCGAGACAGUUCGCGCUACGAUGCCUAUGAAUGUUUAACGCGUCUUCCGUAGAGAAGCUGGUGAAGUGUUUAAGGGUGAAAGCUUGGUAAUGAGGAGGAAGAGCCCGACAAACGACGCUGUUUUCCACAUCACCGCCGGCCGCGACAGAGCGGGGCUGGAUGUGAAGUACAUUGGUUCGUUUAAAGGUGAGCAGAGCAGGUAGAUCAGCUUUGACUGAACCUCGACACAGAGAAGGUCGUGUUAGCGCGGUCUGUGGUUGCUGAUUAAGGCAGGGGAGUGUUUGCCGUGACGAACUUCGCGAGAGGAGAGUUCGUGCUGGAGUACAGAGGAGACCUGAUCAGUGCGGAGGAGAGUCGGAGAAGACAGCGGGUUUAUCACAGCGCCGUGAAAGCGUUCCUGUUCGACUUCAUCUGGCACGGAAAGCUCUGGACCAUUGAUGCUGCAAGGGAUGAUGGCACACUUGGAAGACUGGUUAAUGACGACCACAUUAACCCCAACUGUAAAAUGAAGAGAAUCAUUGUGGAGGGAAGGCCACAUUUGUGCCUUUUUGCUUUAAGAGACAUAACACCUGGAGAGGAGAUUACGUAUAAUUAUGGAGAUGGUGAUUGUCCCUGGAGGAGUGAGGUGACAAAAAGUGGAAUGGAAGCAGACAACAAUCAUCUGGAGUCAGAAGGUGCCUCUGGAGAUGAUCAGCAUUGCACCAAGCAUUUACAGCACAAAUCUGCUUUUGGCGUCCAGAUGACAAAAAAUGAAAUGGAAGCAGGAAGUAAUCGUCUGGAGUCAGAUGGUGCCUCUGGAGGCACAGCAUCACAGCAUGAGUCUACUUUCUGUAACGAGAUGACAAAAAAUGGAACGGAAGCAGCCAGUAAUCGUCUGGAGUCAGAUGGUACCUCUGGAGACGAUCACCGUCACACCCAGCAUUCACAGCAUGAGUCUACUUUCUGUAAUGAGAUGACAAAAAAUGGAACGGAAGCAGCCAGUAAUCGUCUGGAGUCAGAUGGUACCUCUGGAGACGAUCACCGUCACACCCAGCAUUCACAGCAUGAGUCUACUUUCUGUAAUGAGAUGACAAAAAAUGGAACGGAAGCAGCCAGUAAUCGUCUGGAGUCAGAUGGUACCUCUGGAGACGAUCACCAUCACACCCAGCAUUCACAGCAUGAGUCUACUUUCUGUAACGAGAUGACAAAAAAUGGAAUGGAAGCAGCCAGUAAUCGUCUGGAGUCAGAUGGUACCUCUGGAGACGAUCACCAUCACACCCCGCAUUCACAGCAUGAGUCUACUUUCUGUAACGAGAUGACAAAAAAUGGAACGGAAGCAGCCAGUAAUCGUCUGGAGUCAGAUGGUACCUCUGGAGACGAUCACCGUCACACCCAGCAUUCACAGCAUGAGUCUACUUUCUGUAAUGAGAUGACAAAAAAUGGAACGGAAGCAGCCAGUAAUCGUCUGGAGUCAGAUGGUACCUCUGGAGACGAUCACCGUCACACCCAGCAUUCACAGCAUGAGUCUACUUUCUGUAAUGAGAUGACAAAAAAUGGAACGGAAGCAGCCAGUAAUCGUCUGGAGUCAGAUGGUACCUCUGGAGACGAUCACCAUCACACCCAGCAUUCACAGCAUGAGUCUACUUUCUGUAACGAGAUGACAAAAAAUGGAACGGAAGCAGCCAGUAAUCGUCUGGAGUCAGAUGGUACCUCUGGAGACGAUCACCAUCACACCCAGCAUUCACAGCAUGAGUCUACUUUCUGUAACGAGAUGACAAAAAAUGGAACGGAAGCAGCCAGUAAUCGUCUGGAGUCAGAUGGUACCUCUGGAGACGAUCACCGUCACACCCAGCAUUCACAGCAUGAGUCUACUUUCUGUAACGAGGUAUGA